GACUUGUUGAAAUCAUGCAACUCGUACGCAAUAAUCUUUUGCACUUCAAGAAACGCUUGAAGACAAGAGGUAAUUCACCUACGAGGCACAAUGAGCAAGAGUGUGGAAUUAUUGUCUGGCACCGAGGACGGUGAAGUAAAUGAUCAAUCGACGAAAGCAGAUAAAUCUCACCUGAAUCUCAACGGCAAGAGACAAUUGUCCAGGAGUGCGACGGAGCUCAGAGCAAACGAUGAAGAUCCAACGAAUCGUCCAGCAUCCAGCACAGAACACCGUCGCUCCCAUCACCAGCCACAUCCUCAUCACCGACCGGUUGUCUCGGUCGCUCAAAGAACUCACACAUUUUUCGCUACACUGAAGAGCCGAUGGGUGAGGGGACGCAGUAAAGAGAGGAAGAAAGCUAAAGACUCAAAUCUCCAGGAUUCGCCUCAUCGCAGCGGGGGUAUCGAAUCUGAUUAUGCUGCGGAUUACUCCUCCGAGCACAGCAGAAGUUCCUCAGCAACGCACAGCCCUGCUAGAGCACUCAAUCAUCCAGGAUCUCCUUUAGCACGAAACAGCAAAGAAAAAUCUGUGGAAGACAGUCCUGGUAGAUGCAGUGACGUCUCAUCGAAAAGUAGCCAUCCCCGAUCCAGAGAAGCAGACGUUGACGAUGACGCUGGUCCCUCCACUGCCCCCGAACCCGGGAUAAUCCUGCAGGAUGAGAGUUCACGACGACGUGAACUCGCACUGAGACAGCAUGCCUUCUUCCAGCUACGUCUGCACAUUCGUAGAGGCGCAAAUCUCGUUGCUAUGGAUCGAUGCGGAGCAAGCGAUCCGUACGUGAAGAUCAAGUGCUCCGGUCGUUUGUUGCACAAAUCUAGGACUGUACAUCGUGAACUCAAUCCUAUCUGGGAUGAGAGUGUUACGCUGCCCAUUGAGGAUCCAUUUCAACCGCUUAAUAUCAAGGUCUUUGACUAUGAUUGGGGCCUUCAAGAUGACUUCAUGGGCGCAGCACCAUUGGAGCUAACUCAACUGGAACUAGGACAGCCCCAAGAUAUAACUCUUGAAUUGAAAGAUCCAGCGAGACCGCGUCAGCAUUUAGGGGAGAUAUUCCUAACGGUGACACUAUGGCCCCGCAACCAACAAGAGAAAGAACAGUAUUUUCAACGUACAAAUAGACUGGCGGAUGUUAAUCGGAGAUUAAAGUCCCAGAUAUGGAGUUCAGUUGUGACUAUUGUUCUAGUGGAGGCGAAGAAUUUAAUUCCUAUGGAUAUAGAUGGAGAAUCGGAUCCGUACGUCAAGUUCAGGCUCGGAACGGAGAAAUACAAGUCAAAAGUCGUAAAUAAGACGAUAAAUCCAGUGUGGCUAGAGCAAUUCGAUUUACAUCUGUACGAAGAUCCUUAUCUUGGUCAAGAGCUCGAAGUGACCGUUUGGGACCGUGACAAGGGCCACCAGGACGAUCUUAUGGGUCGGACGACGAUUGAUCUAGCCGGUUUGGAACGUGAAACCACCCACCGAAUUUGGCACGAUCUAGAAGAUGGUGCGGGCAAUAUAUUCUUGCUGCUGACAAUUAGCGGGACAACUGCCAGCGAAACAAUCAGUGAUCUCGCUGCGCAAGAAGAAAAUCCAAAGGAGAAAGAACGCCUCCUCCAGAAGUACUCCCUCUGGAAUAGUCUCCAGCGGCCCCGGGAUGUCGGUCAUCUUACCGUAAAGGUCUACAGAGCACAAGGACUGGCAGCGGCAGAUCUUGGGGGCAAGAGUGAUCCAUUCUGCGUUCUAGAGCUCGUCAACUCUCGUCUGCAAACGCAAACUGAGUACAAGACUCUCGCCCCCAACUGGCAGAAGAUAUUCACGUUCAACGUAAAGGACAUAAAUUCCGUACUAGAAAUUACAGUUUAUGAUGAGGACAGAGACCACAAAGUCGAGUUCCUAGGGAAGAUAGCAGUUCCCCUUUUGAGAAUAAAAAAUGGUGAAAAACGUUGGUAUGCAUUGAAAGACAAGAAGCUUCGUUGCCGGGCGAAGGGUAACUCUCCUCAGAUUCUCCUAGAAAUGACGGUAAUUUGGAACUAUCUUAGGGGAUGCUUGAGAACACUGAACCCUAGGGAACACAAGUAUAUGGAGCCCGAGGUGAAGUUCAAAAGGCAGUUGUUCUUGCGAAAUGUGAUGAGAUUAAAAUCAGUUAUUAUUUUUUUCAUUGAUCUUGGAAAAUAUAUUCAAAGUUGCUGGGAGUGGGAGAGCAAAACGAGGAGUGUUGUAGCGUUAGUUCUCUUCAUUCUCGGUUGCUAUUAUUUUGAGCCCUGGAUGAUUCCUGCUGCGGCUCUUUUGAUUAUCCUUAAAUACUGCCUUGUUUCUGUGCUAACUGCAGACGUUAAAUCUUCGUCAUAUCAUUCUGUGUCGAGUUAUCAGGACGGUGAAGUCAACUCUGAUGAAUGUCCACUGACGCCUGGAGACGACGAUGAGGAUGAGGAUGAUAAGGAUAAGGAGGAGAAAAAAAGCCUUAAGGAGAGAUUACAGGCCAUUCAGGAGGUUACGCAGACUGUACAAAAUUCAAUUGGAUAUAUAGCGAGUUUGUGUGAGAAGGUCAAGAACUUGUUCAAUUUCACCAUUCCUUAUUUGAGUUAUCUCGCUAUGGUCCUGGCUGUGCUUGGGGUUGUAGUCUUGUACUGUAUACCCGUCAGGUAUUUGAUACUAAUGUGGGGGGUUAACAAGUUCUUGAGGAAAAUUUUAAGGCCACAUUCCGUGCCGAAUAACGAGGUGCUUGAUCUUAUCUCCCGAGUUCCUGAUGAUGAAGAUCUCCUUAGUUACAGGGAAUUGAAGCCCAUGCCUACGGCUGACUGCGAACGAGGCGGUACAUCAUCAUCCCCAAGUACCAGCGCCGGUGGCAGACGUGAACAGAGAAAAAAGCACAAAGGGGCGUAGCGAAAUGUCCCGCGGCAGGAUGUCGCGGGGAGGCGUGCGUCGAGUAUCCUUAAAACUGUGCUGAUGCGGGGAAAGCUGCUCGCCCAGCAGCACUACCGCAAGGGCUCCACGGAACUCUUCCAGGAUGAAACGCAAAAACAAAGUCUCGUAAUGAAUUAAGAACGAUAAAAAAUCAAGAAUUGUUUCGUGGAAUCUCUGAACUUUGAGACGAUGAGAAAUUUUUUUUCUAGUCUGUAGUACAGGGUAAGACGCCGAAUAACCUGUGAUGGAACGUCAGAAGCAAUUUACCAAUUUAGAUUAUGUAGAUUCCCUAGCAAUAUAGCAAAUUGUCAUUUAUUUGCAUUGUUAACGAGUAGCUAAGGAUGAAUAACCACAAUUGAAUUUUGUGGAGAAGUUGUAAAAUGAUUUUAUAACCCGUCUUUCGUAAGAGAAUGUAAUUUUUUUCCCACUUUUGUCAAAAAAUUUCACGUAAACCUCUAUAAUCUUUACCAUGAAUUCGGAGCCAUUUUCCUAUAUCGAGGAUUCAAACAUAUGAGGCAUGAUUAUCUAAAACAAAAAGUUAUGUAGAAAAACAAAGCAAAAAUAUUCUCAACAGGCUCAUGAAUUUUCAAGUAAUUUUGAAGCAUCUCGUUUCACCACUUGACAAAUAAAAUACAUAAAUUAAAAUACUCUUAGUAAAUAUUCUUCACGUUAUUUAAACCAUUUUACGGCUUCACUACUGAAUAUUGUGUAAAUUAAUGUAAACCACAAGUAUUUUUUCUCUCGGUUUAGUCAUCGAUUUUUUUUUACGUAUAGAUUAGACGAUAAGUAUAGAAGAAAAUUCUUUUUAUCUCAGCGUAGUUAUACCAUAAUGUAAUGUUGAAAUGAAAAAAUUAAGAUGACGUUUUCUUCGCAAUUUAUUGUAUUACGGAAUGAAAACGUCAGAAGCAUAUUGCGUCCAUCGAUGUUGUUAGGUUUAAAAAAGAGGAAAACAUAAAUUAUUGAAAAAUAAUGGACAAGUAGAAAGCUGCAUGGCGCAGGUGAUGUGAUUAUUCAAUUGGCUAAUUCGAAAAAUUAUAGACGAUGUGAAUUUCAAUAAACAAAAUUAAUAGAUUUUAUGUGAAUAUAACCCAGCACGAGGGACUGGCUGAAGCGAGGAAAAUAAUUAUUGAAUGAAAAUUUUAUAUACAAUUAAUAAGGUUAACUGUAAUUCUUCCUUACAACGUUUAUUAAUUCAUUAAUUAUGGUUGAUGUGAAUGUUUUAAAUUAACGAAUUUUUACGUCAUAAUCGUUAAAACAAUGCUUUUUAUCGCCAACUGCUUCUUUCUUCAACGAUUAACGAAAACGAAUUAAGCACUUCAUGCUGCAAUUGCAUCAAGUAUCGAGCUCGAUUCGAUUUCUAUUUGCAUUUUUUUAAUGAAAAUAAAAAAAUAAUCAUAAUCAUAAAUAGUUACAUGAUGACAACACAUACACAUCUCACACGUACCUCUAGAUGAAAUUUUUUAGCAAUUUGUUAGAAUCGAAAUUUCAUGAGUUGGUAGUAAAACAUGAUAAAUUUUGAUGGGAAUUAUAGAAAAACUCUCAGGCUUCUUCAUUUAUCAAUCUAGUCGUAGUAUUUAUUGAUAAUUUAAUGAGCAUGAGACAAUUUCUUCUAUUCAGGAGAAUAUUUUCUACAAACGAAUAAUCCAUUUGUUAUGUUUUACUACUGAAGUAAUGAGGAAUAUUUGAAGUAAGAAAAUGAGUCAAAUCGGUAGUGAAAAUACUUGCGCCAUAUUUUUUAAAUUUUAGGAGAGGAAGAGGAGUAAUUUUGUGCAUGUUAAUAUAUUUUUAUUAAUCCUUUUUUCGAGUGGUUCCUAGACAAUUAAUUAAUAUCUAUAAAAAUUUCUCUUCUUCGAAAGUGAGAUAUGACCUUUCUUUUAUUUUUUCUCAUUUUGAAAACUAUUGGAGCAAAAAACUUUAACCCUGAGUUUUCUAAUGAAGUUACUGUAAUUACGCAAGAGAUCGAACGUCACGGUUCUCCUUUCCAUCGUUACUCUUGUGCAGUAAAUUUUCAAUUGUCAAGAUUAUUAAAUAAGACAAGCAUUUUCUUAUCUUCUUAUUCCAUUAUAUCAAGUAAAUACUAAAUGAAAUUAAUCAUGUCUUUUUUCUACGUAUUUUUCUACUCUUCCAAAUAUUUUGUACCUUUCAACGAUGAAUACUAAGUCAUGAUAAUCCAAGUAUAGAUUUGUUUUUAGAUAAAAAAAAAUUCAAUGAUAUAAAAACAAUCAAUUGAGUUCUUCCCUACUAUACAUCAAGAAAACAUCUACACAAUGAAAAAAAACAACCAUAAUUCGCGCAAAAAAUAAAAAAUUUAAUAUAAAAUGUAAAAAUAAAAAAAAAUUAUUAUAUAUUUUUUAUCACCGUGUAUGGACGUAUAUUCAUUAUAGAAAUGAUUUGCGCAUAAAAUGGGAACAUACUGUGUUUAUUAAAAGGAAAAUUGUAAUGAAGCACAGGAGGAGAAAGGAGUUUAUCUAUUAAUAGAAAAUCAAAUCGCGAUCGGUCGGUCCGAUUUUUUUUCUCGCACUACGCUUUUAUCUCUUUUUCAAAAAUAUAUUACCAAUUAAAAACUUUAAAAAAUAUAAUGAACUGGGGGCUGCGUUCUGAACACCUUCACUAUUGCAGAUUUAUACAAACGUGUUUCAUAGAGUAAAUUUGACACUGGAUACAGUGGAUUUUUCAUACGAAAAAUUGUCGCAAAGUAUACUCCAUUAAAAGAGUAAUAACAUCAAACUUAUUGUGAGACCCGUCCGUGUCAAUCGAUGCCUAUGGAGAUGUACAAAACCGGUAAAAGCAGACGAAUGUCACAAUUUCAAUUCGAACAAUUACGAGCUGUGGUUUCAAUAGAGUGAGCGAUUCACCGAAUUUAACUAAUUAGAUAGAAAAUAAAAAAGAAAAAUAAAGGGAAAGGAAAACCUAUUGAAACGCUAACGAUUGGUAUGCUCUGGUCCGGAUCAGUGAAAGCACCAAAUGAAUAUUGAAUCGUUACGAAAUAGACUGACAAGGCGUUUUCGCAGUUCCGGAGGUUAAUUCAAAGUUCAUUAUUCAGUUUAUUAUGAAGUUCAAUGGAAAUUGAAAAUUUAAAUUAAUAAUCGCGUUCAAGUUUGAGUACUUAAGACCCUAACAGAGUCAUUGUUAAAAUUUCGUGAUAAAAAUAAAGAUUAAUAAAAUCAUAA